GAAAUAUACACGCAUGAACCAGCAUCUCACAGCACAGAAGCUUGAUCAACUCUAUUUCUUCUACAUCGCACUGACCUGCUUCCUCCGCCCGCACGUCCCCCCGUCUUUAACGACCACAUUUCUCUAUCGCGAAUCAGCACACAAGUGCCUAUCUCAACAUCCAAGAUAGAGCAAGCAAGACGAUAGUCCACACGCGACAGACCACCCAAAAUCCUCACUUGAAAUAAAAAGAGGUGCUAUAUUAGAAGUGCGACCAUGGGUUCCGUCGUCCUCCCGCACCUCCGAACAGGCUGGCACGUCGACCAGGCCAUCCUCAGCGAAGAAGACCGGCUCGUUGUGAUCCGCUUCGGGCGCGACCACGACCAGGACUGCAUGCGGCAAGACGAGGUACUGUACAAGGUCGCCGAUAAGGUGAAGAACUUUGCUGUCAUCUACCUUUGCGACCUGGACGAAGUGCCCGACUUCAAAGCCAUGUACGAGCUCUACGACGCGUGCACCGUCAUGUUCUUCUUCCGCAACAAGCACAUGAUGUGCGAUUUCGGGACGGGUAACAACAACAAGCUCAACUGGGUGCUCGAGGACAAGCAGGAGCUGAUUGACAUCAUCGAGACGAUUUACCGGGGCGCGAAGAAGGGGCGGGGUCUGGUGGUUAGUCCCAAGGAUUAUUCGACAAGGUAUCGGUACUAGGAGACGCAUGUGAGGAUGGCGAUGGGGGUUGGUGGGUAUGUGUUGGGUAAUUAGGCUGGGCUGGUGAGUAGGAUAUGAGUACGGUUCUUGGUUAUCACAGACGGGCAGAGCGCCGAGCGACAGACAGGGUUUCAUCAUUCAUAGAUACACAUUCGCGCUUCC